GGAGAAUACCAAACUCACACCAAUACCAAAUACAUAAUUUGCAUCGUCGAAAAAGGAAAGAGUAAUAAUAAUGUUGAAAUCUCAAGGGUUUGGGUCUUCGACACGGGUGGCUCCGGCGACUCUCUGCCAUCUGCAGAGGCCGUUGGGUCACAGCAUCAACGGCGGUGCAUUGGUUGCUUACCGGAAUAACAAUAAUCUCGAGAAGCAGCUGAAGGGGAUUAAGAUAAAGAAGAAUGGAGGGCUGAGAUUGGUGUCCGGUGGUGGAAUAAUCAAAGCAGCUUUAGCCACAGCCACGGAACCCACAACCACUGUCAUCACAAAAGUGAUUGUGAAGAAGAUCACUGGAGAAAUCACUUCCUCCAAAAUUUUAAAAGAAAACCAAGCCCCUCAAAAGUUGCUCCAGCUUGGGUUCGCCAGCAUCCUACUCGAUCCUAGAACGGGAUCAGAGAAGCCCCCGAUCACAGUUCAAGCAAAACUAACAAGUGAAGAUAUGGUGGAAGAAAUUUACGAGACGAGUUUGGAAGUACCAACAGAUUUCGGGGAGAUUGGGGCUGUCAUUAUCGAGAACCACAAUGAAAAUGAGAUGUUCAUCAAAGAGGUUGAUCUCAGUGGCCUUAGUUCUGGUCCACUCACCAUCUCUUGCAACUCGUGGGUUCAACCCAAGACUUUGGUUCCGACACAGUGUAGGGUCUUCUUCACCAACAAGUCAUAUUUGCCAUCGCAGACCCCUGCUGGGCUUAAAUCCAUGAGGGAAACAGAGCUAGUGAAUUUGCGAGGGAAUGGCACUGGAGAGCGUCAGAGUUACGAUAGAAUAUAUGAUUAUGAUGUGUAUAAUGACCUCGGAAAUCCUGACAUGAGCGAAGAUCUCAAAAGACCUAUUCUCGGUGGCCUUGAUCACCCUUAUCCUAGACGUUGUAGAACCGGUCGUCCACCUACUCAAACAGAUCCACAGUCAGAGCAAAGGGCAACAGGAAGCAUAUACGUCCCCCGGGACGAGACAUUCUCUGAUAUAAAGCAGAAAGUGUUCAAUGCAAGUACUAUGUUGUCUGUGUUACGAACCAUUAUACCCAGACUCCAAGUACAUUUCGAUCAAAAUGCUGGAUUCCUCAACUUCAAGGCAGUAGAUGCACUCUAUGAUGUUGAUGGCUUCAACUUGCCCCCUCUUGAAUCCACCACCUCUCUUAAAGAACUUUUACCUUGGAUUUUCAAACUUAUCUCUGAGACUGGAGAGUUUCUCUUCCGCUUCCAAUCUCCUGAACCUAUGGACAGGGACAAGUUCUUUUGGUUGAGAGAUGAAGAAUUUGCAAGGCAGACUCUUGCUGGUCUUAACCCAUGUAGCAUUCAGUUGGUCAAGGAGUGGCCGUUAAGUAGCCAACUUGACCCUGAAGUCUAUGGUCCUCCCGAGUCUGCAUUCAACACCCAAAUGAUUGAUCAAGAAAUUGGCUCUAUGACAGUUCAAGAGGCAAUCCAAAAGAAAAAGUUAUUUAUAUUGGAUUAUCACGACAUGUUGUUGCCGUAUGUGCAAAAAGUGAGAGCACUAAAGGGAACAACCCUUUAUGGAUCUAGAACAUUAUUUUUUCUAAACGAGGAUGAAACACUUAGGCCACUAGCUAUUGAGCUAACACGACCACCCAUGGAUGGAAAGCCUCAAUGGAAAAGAGUUUAUGGACCUAGCGAGAAAGCCACUAGCCUCUGGCUUUGGAGAUUUGCCAAAGCUCAUGUUCUUGCCCAUGACGCUGGUUAUCACCAACUUGUCAGUCAUUGGUUGAGGACUCAUUGUGCUGUGGAGCCUUACGUUAUAGCCACAAACAGACAAUUGAGUGCAAUGCACCCUAUCUAUAGACUUUUACAUCCUCAUUUUAGGUACACUAUGGAGAUCAAUGCAUCUGCUCGAACCAAUCUGAUCAAUGCAGGUGGAACAAUCGAGAGUACAUUUUCACCUCUUAAAUAUUCCAUGGAGUUGAGUUCUACAGCUUAUGAUCUUCAAUGGCAGUUUGACCUGCAAGCCUUACCAGCUGACCUAAUUCAUAGAGGAUUGGCUGAGGAAGAUCCAACUUCUUCACAUGGUUUGAAACUGCACAUCAAAGAUUAUCCUUUUGCUAAUGACGGGUUGAUCUUGUGGGAUGCUCUAAAACAAUGGGUGACAGAGUAUGUGAAUCAUUAUUAUCCAGACCCAUACCUUGUAAUAUCUGACACAGAGCUACAAGCAUGGUGGACUGAGAUAAGAACAGUAGGACAUGCAGACAAACAAGAAGAGCCAUGGUGGCCAGUUCUCAACACUCCUCAAGAUCUAAUAGAUAUAGUGACAAACAUUGCUUGGGUAGCAUCAGCGCACCAUGCAGCCGUGAAUUUUGGGCAAUACGCAUAUGCAGGCUAUUUCCCAAAUAGGCCAAGUAUAACAAGAACCAACAUGCCCACAGAAGAUUAUAAUCCUGCACUUUGGAAAAGCUUCUUGGAAAAGCCAGAGGAGUUACUUUUAAAUGCCUUCCCUUCGCAAUAUCAAGCAACACAGGUAAUGUUGGUGUUGAAUGUGCUUUCAAGUCACUCUCCAGAUGAAGAGUAUCUUGGGAAGAAUAUGGAACCAUCGUGGAACGAUAAUCAUGUAAUAAAGGCAGCGUUUGAAAAGUUUAGUGCGAAGAUGAAAGAAUUGGAGUUGAUAAUUGAUCAUAGGAAUUCCGAUUCCAACUUAAAGAAUAGAACUGGAGCUGGGGUUACUCCCUAUGAACUUUUGAAGCCAGUUUCAGGGCCUGGAGUGACUGGAAAGGGAGUUCCAUACAGUAUUUCUAUUUAAUCAUGAGGGAGGUAGAAAUUAAGUACGGUGAGCUUUGAAAUAAUAACAUUUAUAUAUACAUAUAUGUAUCAGAUAUUAGUCUGUGAUGUAUUCUAUCAAAGUUCAUAAUAAAUGCUUUGUUGUAGUUUUAAGAAACCAAA